AGGGACUCUGGCUCCCCCCAAAGACUCCAUUCAACCGAGCAACUUUGCUCGUAUGAGUAAAGUUACCCGUGUGCGGGUGUUUGCAUGGUCCAGGUGCUGUUUAUUAACAGGAGGGGCGUCUCUGCUUUGCUCUUUAAAUUUCCUAAGACUGUUCAAAGAAAUGUUCUUGCUCCGUUUGAUUUGCAUUUUGUCAAGAAAGGCAAAGCCCCCCUUCAGUUUAAGAAAUAUUUUCCCUCUGAGUGGGUUUUUUAUCUCACUGAUACUUGGGGGCAAGAUUUUAUAUCCACCAGGUGAUGAGGCAGCCCUUUUGUUACUAAUGACUUCAGUAGGUUUGUAGGCAUUAGUGCCUGGGGUAAUAUUCCAAACGGUGAGUUCUAGCACCAUGUUACAAAAGGAAAAAGACAAGUGAAUGGUGACACUAACAAAAACUCUUAUCCAGAUGUGCUAGCUCACUGAGAUAACAAAAAAUUAAAAAGGGAGUGAAAUCAGGACAUAGCCAAGGCAUCUAAUAGACCAGACCUCAUGGAUUUAGAUUGGCUCCACUAGUUGAGCUUUGAAAUUCAGAAUUGCAGGCAAAAGGCCAUGUGAUUAACUAUUCAACAAUGUAACUGACUGGAUAAUUACACUAGUUAGGCACAGUGCACGUAUAUAAAAUCUAAAUCAAGGAAAAGGAAAAUACACAAUUAUAGGCACUCAGAGUCCAAGCUUGGUCUCUUCAGAGAGGAAUCUGGUAACAGCUUGUUGAGUUUUUCAGGAAAAUCUCCAGUUUGAUGAAAAAUCUCCUUCAUAAGCUCAAGGCAACUGGGCAGGAGUGGCUGUCUGGACCCUAUUCUUUGCUAAGACCAUCAGAUAUGGAUUUCCUAAGUAUCUGUGCUGCUUCCCCUCUGAUCUGUGUAGAGGGAAACUCCAAUCCCAGAAGAGAGAGUAACGGGUGUGCAGGGGGAUGAGAGACAGCAUGCUAUAUGUGCAUGUGGUGAAGGAGAGAGGACUGGUUGUGAAAAACUGAAAGGGAAGUGCUCACCAGUCCCAUGCACUGUUUUCUUCAGCAAGCCGAUAGCUUUGCAUUAUGCUAUUGGUUUCACCUACCUGUGCUUCUAACUGUGCAUCAAUCACUUAAACUGGGAUCAUCUGGAAAGGUAAUUUAAAAGAAACUCAACAUUAGCUGGUAAAAUUAAAAGGGAGACAGAAUUAGAGACAGAGAGAGAACACCAGAGGAAGUUGGUAAAAAAUCAAAACAGUAGCUGCAAGGGAAGGGGCACUUCUAUAUUUUGUGUCUAGUUGUUUAGAUCGUAAUUGUGGCUUAGGUAUAAACAAAUCUUGGGGCUGUAGCAGGGCAAUAGAAAUAAAGCAUAUUGGUUGUAUUAUACAUACAAAGGUACAUGUGUGGUGUCGAUGAGUGGCUCCAUCCUAUAGCAGUGGUUAUUACUAUCUUCUAGCAUCCAAUGUUUUACAUACUGUUUUGCCUCAGGAAAUCUCCUAAAACUUAAUAUAUGAUUGCCCAUUUUAUCCCUUCUGCACUGGGUUAUCUGUAAUAUCAAGGAAGAAUGCCAAUUCCUUAUGCACUUGAAAUAAGGUACCAUGAGGAGGACUUGAGCUAGGCUGGGGGAACCUAUUAAUAUUAAGAGAAACUCUGUGCAUCUCAUUCAACCAGAAUAGAUUCUUUGAAAUAAAAAAAAUAAUUCAUGUCUUGAGGAUUUACAUUCUGAUUUCUACAGAGAUUUAUAGCAACUAUGAAGAACCUUGGAAAUCAGUCAUUAAUUGUUACUCUCCCUUUUGGAGCUAUUUUCUUGGCAGUAGUGUAAUUAGAUUUGUCCUUUCUACAUAUCUACCUAGUUAACCACUUCAUAAUCUAUUGGCUUUACCACAAAGGUUAUUUGUUCCAUUUUUAUAAAAAGUGCAUGCUGUUGCUUCAGAAGCAGUACUAAUUUUUAUUAUGCUCUGCAAUACUUCUACUCUUUUAAUUUCUGAGAUCUCAUUUCAGGUACAUUUAAAUCUUUGAAUAAAUCUGAUCCUUCUUUUGCCUUUGGGGAAGAAGUCAAUUUUUGUUUAUAAUUAUUUAAUGACCCAUACUUUGGCUUUAAAACUCCAGAAAUGCCAUUAAAUCCACUUAAAUCUUUAAUUUCCUCUUUGAUUCAUGCUGUAAAUUAAUUAGACACAUUAAGUCCCUAAUCUCUUGUUUUUUGUCUUCCUGUUUCUUCCUUGGGUAGGGUCUGUAUUUUAUUUGUUGCAGUUGAAGGAAUCUUGGCGGUUGGCUGUAGGACUUCUGGCUUGUUUGUUUUCAGAAACUGGAAGGUCUGCCAUGAAUUAAGCAGAGGACAACAGGAAGAGAAAAGAUGAUUUUGUGGUUCAGGCACUUGAAUGCUACCUGGAAGAAAUCUGUUCUGUCCUUGCCUCAGAGACAGAGUUUGUGUGAUGCAAGGCAUAUUACUGAAACCAAAACUUUCACAGGGAGUGGAAGAAUGCAGGAGAAAAGUAUGCCAGCCAGUAAUACAGGGAUAAUGAGAGCCACUCACUUGCUGCAGUUACCGCAAGAAAUGCUGACUGAGAUAAUCAUGUACCUUCCUCCUGCAGAAAAAUCCAGGGUCCGUGCCACAUGCAGUUUCUUCAAGGACCUGGUUGAUCAGCCUGUUGUGUGGCAAAAGAGUACCAUUGUCCUCCAACGCAUAAGCGCUUUCAACGCCGAAUUCUGGGACGUGCUUCAGAAAAGAAAGAUCACUUCUGUAGAAGUGAAAGAAAUUAGGCUUAAACAAUGGCAAAAGCUGCUGAGGUUCAUGCCUGGUCUGCUAGAUGUAACUGUGGUUUCCCUCUGGAGCGAGGAAAUUCUGCAAGGGUUACAGCUGCUCACAGAUCUACAGAAACUUCACUUGAAAACGAGCUCUAGGUUAUCUGAGAGAAAUGUAAUCAGCGAAGUUGUGCACUUUCAACGCCUUACUCACUUGUUGUUGUGCGGCAUAACCUUCUUAAGUGGCAGUGAAUUGAUCAAAAUUGCUUGCUUACAAAACCUACAUAUGCUCUCAUUGCAUACUGUGCAAAAGGCUCUUCCUGAGAAAGCACUAGAGUAUGUUUUAUUCCAUUUACCAAAACUUAGAGAACUGUCACUUUCUUGUAUCCUGAGUAAGGAGCAUUUUUUGUUAUGCCUCAGUUUGCCAGAUAAACAUCCCAUCUCUUAUUCAUCAGAAGAGUUGCAUCCUGUUCCAAAACUUCAGCUUCACGCUCUGGCCUUGAGGCAAACUGGUUAUAACCUUCUUUCAGAGCGUUUCCUGGGUCAGCUCUCCACCAUCCACACACUGACUGUUUGUUACAUCAAGGACUUCUUGUUACACUCAGUGGAUGUCUUUGGACAAGUGCUGAAGAACCUACCAAACUUGACAGAAUUAAAUCUUCUGUGGAUCUCCAGUUUGGAUAUGUUUGUUGAUAACAUUCCUUCCAGCCUUGUUAAACUAAGUGUGAUUGGAACCAAGCUCUCAAACUCUGCUCUCAGCUGUUUGUCUGACAAAUCCUGGAAGCUAAAAGAAAUGGAUCUAACUCUCUCAUAUGGAUUUGAUGAAAAGACUCUGAAACAAUUUCCCCAUCUUUUUCCAUUGCUGACUAGACUCUGCCUUAGUGGUUUUGUUUUGACUGACAAUAUCUUGUUGAGCUUGGCUAAAAUGGAGAGUUUGCGAGAACUUGAUGUUACUGGUGGCACAAAUCUAACAAAAGAAGCAAUCCAGAAUUUUCACCUCACAACAGACUGCAGGGUACAUCUCCUUGUAGAACGGCAUUCAGUGUCUUCUAAAUGUGACUGCUUAUGGCGCACGUAGUACACUGCCUUUUAUUUUAACCCACCACUGUUUACAGAGCUUUGAUUGCUAAAUGUACUGCUAUCAGGAAAUCAAUAAUGUUUCUGUCAAGUUCUGCUGAAAUUCCAUGUGAGGAAGAGAGGUAGUGGAAACAAACCUCCAACGUUUCCAAUGACUGUAUAGCUCUUCACUAUAGCCAAUGGCUUAUGAAUAUGAAAAACAGAAAUGCCUUCUUUGAGCCUGUAACUCUAACAAGCCAGAACUGUAAACAAAUACUGGCAUUCUAUAUUAAAAUUUCUGAGUAAGUCUCCAA